AGUGGACCCAGCUUGCAAGGUAGCCAUUCAUGAGCCUGAGGCUGUGAGAAAUGCUCGCUGUGCAAAGGGGAACUCUCACCAGAUUUUCUGAAGCUGUCCUAGAAAUAUACUUUUCAGAUUGAUUCAGCUUUACCAGCUUAUCCAACAAAAGUAUUAACAUAUACAUUAACAACGUCGAAAGUAGCCUACUUUAAGAGAAAAUAUGCAGAAGAAGAAGAUUUACAUCAAGAUUACCAUGGGUAUUUUCCAAAACACCUGAUAUUGCCUGAGGACAGGACUUGCAUUCUCAAACUCUCCUUGGAGAAGCUCAGGUUUCUUGAAGACCCAGAAACCUACUUAAGAAGGUCUGUGUUAAUUAACAAUUUGCUGAGGAAGAUACAUCUAGAGACGGAGAAAGAGAGCUAUGAAUACUUUAAAGAAGCUCCCUGUUAUAAGACUGCUUAUUCUGAUACAAGAAAACGGCUGAAGUUCAUGGUACAGGAAUGCUGUUCUCAGUCUCUUUAUUAUGAAGAGCUGCAUUCAUAUCAUAUUGUGCCUUAUGCUUCGGAUAAUGCCAUUUAUGGAAUGGGCUACACUAGCAGCCACUUGGAGCAAAAUUCUCAGCUGCUUAUUUAUAAAAUGAAUUAAAGUAACCGUUAAGUUCAUU